CGCUUCGCUUAACCUCUCCAGUGCAUGCCACAAUGAACGCUGGACGCUCUAGAACGCGUACUGCUGAGAAUAUGGACAAUUUUCACCGCUUCCUGAGUACCGACGAGAUUAAAAUGGGUUCGGAGCGCUCAUCUGCAUCGAAGAAAGUGAGAGAGACACUAUCAAAUCAUUUUUUUUCCCUAUAAUUAUUUAAAUAACGCCUCUCAGACUGCGACGACGGGGUCGUAGUGGAGGCUGGCUGGUCAAGCUGAGUCGAAUCUUUCCUUUUGCUCUCAGGGAAUUUUACUACAGAAUCUGGACGAAGGAAAGCCCUGUCUUAAAUGUGGAGAGAAAUGUUCUGGUUUCAGUUUGCACGUGUGGCGGUAAGUGGCGCAAACUCAAGCAUCUUAAACUUGUUUAUUUUUUGAGUCCAUCUUACGCAUACUCUCAGUCGGGCUGUCAGCGAGCAAAAUGCGCGCACGAACUGAGAAUUAUUGAAAUCGAAAUUUUAAUCCCGUUGUUUAGACUAAAAUUAUUCUGUGUGUCACUUAAUUAAGUACAAUAAAACACUUUGAAUUUAUCACGCGCCGUGUCGUUCCCACCCGCAGAAAAUAACUCUAGAGCAGUAAAUUAUUCGCUUUCGUAUAAUACUUCUUCGCUUUGAUUGUCUCUUCAAUUUUUCGCAUGUAAAGGGUUUGUUUAAAAUUAUUGAUUCCUCAAAGCGCCUUUCGUAUCUAUUGAUCCACUUUAUCAUUUCGCGAUCUCUGCGCUAAAGUAUCAUGAAAGUGAAAUACCCACACUGGUUGCUAGAAUGUAAUAUGUCAGUGCGGGCUGGCAAUAGCGACUUGUCAUUGUGGAUAUGUGUCAAGUUGCGAGCUGCCGGAGGGCAUUAAAACUUCGAUUUUCAUUCAUUAGCCGCUUCAGUGACUAAAUACACAAGCUGUGCCCAUGUAAAGCCCGUUACGAAAGUGCCUCGUAGAUAAUUUUUUUCUGUUCGACCCCUGCCGGUUUGUUGGGAUACUUAAAACAUUUCGAUUGCGUGAGAAGCCUGUUUAAACACUUUAUGGAGACUGUGAAGAAAGUAGAGACGACAAAGCCUCCUCAAAAACCACCAAGACCUAGUAUAAGGUUAGUGAAUUUCAAUUUCGCGAAUGAAUGAACACACUGUGUAAGAGCUCAUUUUAACUAGUACUGAUUAAGAACAGAUACCUUAUUCGUGUUUCAUUGCUUGCCGCUUUGAUCAAGAAAACACACUCAAGAAAAUUUCACUUAUCAGUGCUUAGUUCAAAGAAUUAACACUUGGUGAGAUUUUUUUGGACGUUCCUAGCGUAGGAGCAAAUUUAAAUGCACAAGUUCUCAGUUCUAUUCUUAGCCGUAGAAAAAUCGAGCGAUAUUGACAUGUUAUUUUUAUACAUGAAUCGUGACUGCCGAGCAGAUAUCAGGAAAUCGUGGUAGGCUGUACUGUCGAAGAAUGGCCGACGUCUACAAACGAAAAUUACAUUGCAGGAGAUUUCUAAACUUUCAUUUUUAAACGGGAAAGUCUUGAGUACUUUGACAACAACCGUAUUAUUUUGGACAACCAUUUCUCGCGCCUGUGAAGUGUUUACUUUGUUAGACAAGUGAACAAUUGCGUAAAAAAAAUUAAGAGUUUUAUGGACUGUCACCAGAUUGGAAUUUUUUCCCUUUCCGUCUCUAGUGAUGCUUUCACAAAAGAAGAGGCCAGAUUCUGGAGAGAUCAGUCUUAGAAGGCGUUAGAAUAACAUUCUUCAGACACGUGCCAAAAUACCCGCGGCGCACUGUAAAGACAGCUUUUAAGACGCAGCGCAAAAAUGACCGAGUGAACUUGAAUUCCGUUUGGUAUCAAGAGAAUUUCUGAGUAGUUUUGUAACCAAACACUGAAAGUUAUUUUGUGUCACAGAGACAGACUAGUCGUUAUUUUUGACGAUCUGUGCGUAAUUAUGUUAAUGGCUUAAUAGCCCCUGAACGUGCAAACUCAUAAGAAGCGAGGAGUUUCUUGCCGGACGUAGUCCUGGCUCUGUAAUCGCCACAUGUAAGCGAUCUCAUGUGAAUGCCCUUGAUUGUACUUGCGUCUUUUUAAUCUUCCUUUAAGGACACAUAUUUUAAGUUCCUUGAAGGAAAGUUCUUUGGUCAGAACGCACGGCGUUACUAAUUUUCCGAAAGCAGCAAAACAACAAAGGAUGUUUCAAAAUAAACUAGUCACUUUUUGUUUCUUUAGGAUUCCAGUGUAAACGCAAAAUAGCCUUUAAGCAAGUCAAGAGAUACUGCUAAUGUUUUCCUAAGGAUUUUAUGUAAUAUCUACGCAUUUCUGUUUUUAAAAUGGCAGAAAAUAUGCCGCAAAAUCUUAUUUAAGGACAUCCGUUUUACUGGCUAUUAAUUCUUUCAAGAAAACUUUGCCGAAAACCACAAAUUAUUCAUGAAAAUUGAUUAACCAUGUGGAAAUCAUUCGAAAUUAGAUAAAAUUUAGGACCUGAACAAUUAAAUUCUAAAUCUCUAUGUUUUCUGUGAUCAAAGAACAGAAGAUUAGAAGAAAAUCUGUUACGAAAAAAAAAGUUCUGAAGAAAUGCCUUUAAAAAAUUCCUACUGGGGAUUUUAUGAUCAACUUAAGAUUGCGUGUUACAGAAACAUAGCUAAGUUUGGUUACGAUCUGGUGGAUAUUCAAGCCGUUCAGUUUCGGAGAAAUGUGAGAUAUUGGGUUGUGGUAAAAAGUGAUUGUUCUAUUGAACCCUAGUUAUGGUAUUGGGGUAAGCCAUCUGCCGGCAGUGCGUAUGCAUUGUUCGAACCUCGCAUAAAAAAAAGGCAGAAGUUACAGUUCCUCGUUUCAUUUAGAGCUGGUCCUAAUUUUCGGUGUAAUCGGCUUCUGCUUUGCUGAACAAUAUUUGUUUUUUUCAUCGUUAGGAGUUUCCCGUUUGCACUAAGCAUCUGUUUACAACCUAUAAGUUUAUUUUUGAAAUGAGGAUACCAGAAACCAAAAUCAUCGUUUUCCCUUGAAACCAAACUUGCUCUUGUUUCCAAAUAACUAUCCCACUGCCUUAUGGUUGAGAAUUUUCCUAAGAUAGCGGGUCUGAUUUUAACUUUAAAAAGCAUUAAUCCUUUUAUAAAGCUGUUGACUCUUCGUAGUGUAAAUAUUUACUUUUCUUUUAAGAUCAAGUUGCGGAAUUGAACUACGCGUACUUCUCCAAAUUUUGAUCAUGACAGACAAGAAACAAUUUGGAGCGAUUACCAGUUGAGUGUGGAAAGUAAACUGUGGUCUCAUUAGUAUUGCUUUGUUUGCCAGCGGCCUUGUGAUUAGCCUAAUCGGAUGCUGAACUAAAAUCAAUUGCGACCUCAAUCAUUUUUCUCCUCGAUGCAGGUCGUGUGCAUGUUAAUAAACGCCAUGGAAAUGUUUCAGAUCGUGUGCAUGCUGCUAAUGCAUGUAAAUGAAAGGGUGAUUAGAGCAGAUUAUACUCAAUGAAGUCAUGCAAGCGCAGAAAUGCAAUUGCCAGAGGAUGAAGCACUUCAGACAUCUGCUAUACUUUUUUAACCCUUUGACUAUUUGUAACUGUUUAGAAUUUUCUGUUCUUUGAGAGAAACCCACUCAAUUGUAAUAACCGUUACUUGGGUUUUUUACAAUAAUCUACGCGUUACGCGCUGUUCUUUCACAGAAAAUAACAACGGUACCAAGAACCGUACUAACAGUUUGUCCGUCAAGGUAGUACAGGUAAUUUGAACGAUGAGGCAUCUUCUCGAAUUAACAGUGUAACAACAUGGACAUGAUGGCAUAAUUUAGGACAAACCUUAUCUUUCAUUCAUUUCGUUAUGUCGUUGGGCCAUUAUGUAUUGGGCGUGAACCAGACUUAACAAGCCCUUUUUCAUCCCUGGUAACCUGACUUUUUAAAAUCGUCCAAAUCUUUCUCGACAGCAAAGUGUGUGCGAACUGCAAAUGUCCCCGUGAGAACCAUGAUAUGUCUGUGGAUGCUGAUGCUGAUGCUGAUGUCGAUGUAGACGAAGUUGAAUUCAAAGUAAAAGGCCUUAAAAUCAACUCGGACACGAACCGCGAAGAUGAUUUACCGUCCCCUUCCCCGUUGUCAAAUAACAACGAAUACCAAACGAUGAAGAUAUUUACUACUCAAUCUUCUCUUGUGGAUAACGAUUUGUUUCCCCCACCUCCCCCUCCCUCAACGGCCUCAGAUUACCUUUGGUCUCCUCCUGGAUUGACGACUGGUCAGGUGAGGAAAAACAAAUAUUCUUUUUUUGAUCAAAGUCUAUUUGGUAUUUUGACAAAUUUGUGUGUCCUCGUCAAUUUUUUGCAUUUUUGAGGAAAAAUCCUUUACCCCAUUUAGUCAUUAAAAGUAUCAAAUAAUUUUUUUCUCAACCCGAGUACCUUGGUACGCUGCGGUUUAACGGAUAAAUCGCAAUCCAGGGAAUGAAUAUUGGCAAACCGCACCACGCUUUCCGACGAAUAAGAUUCAUUCCUGUAGAUAAAGUUACCUUUGGGGGAAUGAGAGUAAAUAGAGCUAAUAGAUUUGCGAAUAAAUCUGGAAAGACCUGCUAAUGCUUUAAGCCAGGAGGUUUAAGUUACAUGUUCCCACACAAAGAAGAAAUUGUUGAACUAAGAUUAUACCUUAACCAGAAAUGUUCAUGUAAACUCGUGCUCUUGUCUGGAUCACAAACAGGUAGAGGCUUACAUGAAGUCCUUACCAGAGGAUAGAAUUCCCAUCCCUGGGUCACCUGGAGAAGAUUAUUAUAUAAAACAGCGCGUAUAUCAAAACCCUCCACAAGACAAAGCGCCCUUGCAUUUCUCAAAUAUUCCAGAGCCUCAAAGAGAAGCUUUUGUUCAAUUCUGGAACAGCGAAGAUAAUGCAAAAGGAACCGGAAAGGUCAAAGUUCCACUUGGAAGAAGAGAGGUGAGAGGAUUGCUUCUCCUUCUUAUCAUUUGUUUCGUUUCAGCUCCUUUUGAGGGGAGAAAUUAGAAAGCAAGUGCACGCUUAGAGGAAUAACAAAGAGAGGCUGUCGAUUGCAUACACAUUUCUUUCAUCUCUCAACACUGAUGCUAAAUAUGUCAAUUUGCAACAUUUGACCUCCUUAAAAGACCCUAAUCCUCAUACCAGACACAAUGCUGGACUAAGUUUUUAAAUGACACACACACGUCUUGAAAAGGUACGUGGCCAAGUGUAGCCACAGAACAUCAUUACUGGUAGCAGUUCUUUGACACUCGGCAUAACUUGUGUUAAUGGACUGUUUGGAUUAUGCUUGAGUGAAAAAAAUUACAGAGAGGCACCAUAAACGAUGGAUAGUUUCUCUGACGAUUUUCGCUGAAAAACCGACAUAAAUGUGCUCUCCUCGAUAUGAAUAGAAAAUUGUAACAUUAGAACUUGUUAAUGAUUUUAAAACAACUGUAAUAGGAUUGUACUGUCAUUUUGUUAUUAAGUUUUACUUAGUUACUUGGUAGAACACGUAUUACUGCAAUGCUUUUACUUUCCCUUCUUUCUCAUAGUAGUAGACUAAAUUGGAGAAAAAUGGGUUUAUCUGUGUAUCUACUCUCGGUGCCCCUCAAUUUCAAGCAAUAAUAUAUGAGCUCGGCGUGUUUAUUUUCUUCUUUAGCAUAUAAACUUUUAAGCUUUGCAAGCGCACACAUGCCAAGAAAUGUUCAUACCUCCUAACUCUUUAUCCUCUGCAACAAUAGUUUCAUAAGUUGGCUGGAUAAUCCGCUGAUAUUUUAAUCCUCCUUAACCAAUAAUUUGUCCAGUGUGCUUUAAAUUAAACGCCAUGGAAUUUAAUGUACAAGAAAUGAUUAGCUUUAGAUGAGCCUAGAUAAGAACACUACCUAUAGUAGUUUACCAAAACCGUUUAGAUAUGAAGAGAAUGCGAAGGACGAGGCUGUAGAUGUUUACACUAAUCUUUCAAGAGUUCUUAAAGAUAAAGCUUAAAAAGGCGUACUUGAACAUGUUAAGUUUGUCGGGAUGGCUUUUCAGUGUACCAAAACGGCUCUUACUAAUAAGAGUUCAAGUUACCGGCCAUUUCAGUUAACCCUGUUUAGUUGGGUUGUCAAUGAUGUGCUUCAAUUAUGUAAAUAUAUGCGCAAAAUUCCUUACAAAUCUUAAACCCUUCAUACAAUUUUGGGUAGUCUUUCCUUUCCGCGUAUAAUUGCUAUGAUUGCUUUUAGUUUACACGUAUGAGCGCUGUAAGCUACUUUUCUAUCAUUGUUCACCUGCACAGAUCGUGAAACUAACAUAAGAUGUCUGCAUGUCAUAUGGCUCAGCAUAAUCUCUCUCAGUGGUUGAGAGAGACCAGGCUCGAGGCGGCCGCUUGUUGCGCGGGUGUUGCGAGAACCACGCCGUCGAAUUCAUAAUUUAUUCCUAUCAAUACCACAGCAUAGCAGUUUGUCUUCUUGUGUGGUGCAAGUCUUAACCUUAUCUCACAUUUUACGAUAGGUCACUUGCUCAUCCAAUAAUUUUGUAUUAAAAAUGAAUUGUCCGAUGCUUGUGAAAGAAUAAUUCUUGAGUGGUAGGACGCGGCAUUUUGUCUCGGCCAAGUGACUCAUCCAUGGUGUUGUUUUUCAUGAUCAAACGCCACCGAGGUGCAAAAGAUGAAAUUAUUAUAUAUAGAUUAUUCCUGUUCUUCCCUGGUUUCUCAAAUGUAAUCCACUUAAAAGCGGUGAAGGUCUGGGUACCUCACAAAGACCCGGGCUACAGAGUAAAAUCGUUUUUGUCUGUAAUAAACGAGCUAAUAAGCCUCUGGAGCCUCUCCGGCGAUAUCUUAAUUCACAGGGAUUCCAGAUUAAAGCCUAUGGAGAGAGAGAGAAGGAAUUUUCAUUCUUCUUUUGUGUGACCCGGAUAGAAGGAUGUCGUAUCUAGUGUGCAUUUCUUUGAUUAUAAGACUAGGAUAUUAAAACUGAAGGGGGCAGAGUUGGGGCAGCUCAGGGAUGGGGGUGGGGGGUGGGGAGAGAGGGGCUUACACAGGAGCUCUGGACGAUGAGUUUACUAAAGAGGGAAGUUCUUUAAAGCAUUUACGGUCAGCAUAUCUCAUGUAAACAUAAUUAAAAGUUUACCGUGUGCCAAUUUACGUUUGGGUUCCUGUGCUUCUUUAGACUUGCCAAUCGUGUUUCAAGACCAUCCCUAAAGGCGACGUAGUGGUUUCAGCUGAGUUAGACGACAGUGAAGUGUCAUGCUAUCACGCUGCAUGCUUCUGCUGCGCGACUUGUUGGGAGCUGUUGGUAGACCUCACCUACUUCCAGUAUGGAAACAAAGUCUACUGCGCAAGACAUCACGCUGAGUUGUCAAGGCAACGUUGCUAUGGAUGUGAUGAGGUAAGAUUACCCGCCACAAUUUGUUAUGUCGUUCUGUGGUCGUCCAGCUUUAUGGGAAUAGCUUGUGAUAUUGCGAAAUCUUGAGUGGUCAUUAUAAGGGCUAACGGUGGAGUUGUUUAUCAGUCAAACGUUUUGUCAUCUGUUUUGUCAUCACUUAUGCCUUUGCUCUCAAUGCCAUCUGUAGCUCGUUAGCUGUGAUUGAAAGGUUCACCAGUAUCUAAGCAGCUGCGCACCAACCCCUCCCCGAACCAAACAUUAACCCUAACUUUUUAUCAUCUUACUGUUGUCAAGGGACGGGUCAGUGUGCAGUUGCUCAGAUACUGCCAUCGAUCCAAGGUUCUGGGGCUUUGAUUGAGUCAGUAGAGCUGUUCUUCAAAAGUUAAAGUUAAUUUUUUGUUUCAGUGUGUUGUAUGUCUUUGAGACACAUAACAGACUUUGACUAGUUUAGCAAACUAAUUCUGAAGUUCUAUUGCUCCCUUUAUCUGCGCAUACUCAGCUUAUCUUCACCGGGGAAUACACCAUAGCCAUGAACAAAAGCUGGCACUUGGGUCAUUUCCGAUGCAACGAGUGCGACGUCAGCAUCACCGGCAAGCAGUUUAUUGUCAGAGACGAAAAGCCCGUAUGCGUUGACUGUUUUGACUGCAGGUGUGUUCUAUUUAUUAUGAAUUACGUGACUGUGUGUUGUACGUAACAUAUUGUUUGCAAGUAUGUUCUUAUCUUUUCUAGGGAGUCAAAUUAUUAGCAGUUGUUGGACAAACGGGAACAAUAUUGUGAGAUUUUGUCUUACAAUUUUGCGUCUGAGAUCUUUAUUUCAUAAAUAACUAGAGGGUCACUCUGGAGCAGUCUUGCAACUGCUACUUCUGAUCUUCCAUUCUUUAUCGAGUAAACAAUUUCAAUUGACAAAAUUUCUUCUUUUGAUGCAGAUUUGCCAACGUGUGUGACCACUGUCAUGGCAAGAUUGGACCUGAUGCUAAAGACGUAUCAACAGCUGACGAUCGACAUUGGCAUGAAAUGUGUUUCCUGUGCGAGCUGUGUCGGAAACCUCUGCGAUCAGACGGAAAAUUUACUUUCUACAAGGAGCAAGUUCUGUGUAAUGAUUGCUACAUCACUAACUUCCAGAAGACGUGUGCAGGAUGCCAUUAUGCCAUCGAGUCUGGGAGCGCGCGCUUAGAAUACAAUGGCACCUACUGGCAUGAAGAAUGCUUCAAGUGCGCCGUCUGUCGGGAAGCUAUCGGGACUAGCGGUUUUGUUCCAAAAGAUGAUGAGUUCUACUGUCCCGAAUGCUAUCAGAAUUUACAUGCCAAGCGUUGCGCGGAUUGCGGAGAGCCACUCUCCGAAGGUGGUGUCCUCUACAACGAACAGACCUGGCACAAGGAGUGUUUCAGUUGUUUUACCUGCCAUGAAUCGUUGGCAUCUCGACCAUUCUCUGUGCAUAGUGGCCACCGCUACUGUAUCGAGUGCUAUGGAAGGUUCCUGGCCAAGCAGUGUGAGGUCUGCUUUAAACCAAUUAUCGGCGGUGAAUACUUCACAUUAGAGGAGUCAAAUUUCCACAAAGAGUGCUUUAACUGCACUCGGUGUCAGCGGUCUCUGGCCAAGGAAGGAUUUGUUAGAGAAGGGGUUGAACUUCUAUGCGCCAGCUGUGCUGAUUGAACAGAAGCGUACAAAUUAAACGAAUAAGACUUCAUGCAAGUCCAUAUCGAAAAAAUUACUUAAUCUAACAGAGCAAAAUGUUAUAAAUUUUUCGUAAGUUUCCAAAGUAAGCUUGUUUCAUUUCAGUGGCAAUGAAAAGUCUUUGUUUACAUCCUUUUAAACCGACAAUCCCGGCGUAUAAGUAAGUUGAUCUGUUUGCUAGUAAACGAGCAGACAAGAGGGACAGACAUAAACGAUUCAAUUUAUGGGUGUAAAAUUAAGUGUUGACGUUUUUCCUGUUUCAGGAAAUCUUUCAUCAUAGCAGUUUACGACGCUGCGAAGAAGCAUGAAAAUUUAAGUAAAAGUUGCAAAUGUUUCUUUUUCUAAAUAUAUAUCGUAACAAUGAAGAUAGAUUAUCGCUCGAUGCCAGAUAAUGAUGUACUUACGAAGUUCAGAUUUUAUUUUUUGUAACAAUCGCCCUUUCUUUUUUCUCGAGCAACAGCUAGUUCUGUUAAAUACGUUUUAGCUGCUAAUGUCAUGCUUAAAAAAUUAUAUGCAGAAAUAAUCAUAUAUUGAUGAUGCCUUCGCAACUUUUUGUUGCACAAUUCUUUUUCGGAGGGCCUCUCUAAAGGGAAUUUGGGAUGGGUUAUGUAUGGUGGACGGUAUAGGAGGGCUAUAGACAGGCUACCUACUCUUCGCUAACAUACCUUCAGCCUUCUGCCGAGCUGUUUUGAGGGUUUGUGCGAACUUCGUUUCUUGUUGACGUAGGUUAUUUGGAUACCAGUUCUGUUGAUUUUUGUGAUGGUUAAAAUUUUUAUCAAUAAAGUGUUUUCUAGAAUUGUCGUGCGGCAGGUAAAUGCCAUUCAAGUUGAAAGAGGAACGAUUAUGUAGUUAUCAGAACAGG